AUGCGCGGCCUCCAGUCGUGGUUAUGGUUGCUAUUCGUAGCCUGGUUGUUUGUUAUGGUAACUGCGGAGAGCAGACGGAAGACGAAACGGGAGAACUACUCCGUCAGUGCCCCCUCAGAGGAAGAGACCAACUACGAUGAUGACUACGAGGAGCUAGAACCAUGCCAGUGCGGAGUGUUCCUGUCUCAGCAAGUCGGUAUCAAGGACAACAACCGUCGCAGUCGGCCACGAGGUCCCCCACAAGGGGAGCCCGUCGUCACCUAUGACACAGACUCGCCCAGCAUGCCCUGCGGUGUCGGGGGAUUUAAGAACUGUGUCAGCAGGUGUCUUGACGUGAUCCUGAAAUACCUGCCACGCGCCGGACCUGUCAUCUGCGGGGCGGUGGAACGCGACGUUCACAGAGAAAAGGCGUUCCUCUUCAUAAAGAACUGUGGCGGGGAGUGGACGCCCACCAGCUUCUCAGCUGGCAAGGAGUUCUGUUGCACUGAUGGAGAACAUCACAAGUGCUGA